UGUCCAGGUAAACAUGAGGACCAUAUAAAACAGGCUGCUUGAGGCAAAGCAGCACCUCUCCUCCACCUCUCUUCUACGCCAUCGGCCUGAGGGCUCCCAGAGCAAUGGAUGUGAAGGGGAUCUGCUUGCUCUUUGUCAUCCUCGCUGUAGCCCUCAUAAGCUCAACAGAAGGAAAACCACCAUCAAAAUGCCAGUGCAAAAUAGCUGCCAGGGAGCGGAGGAACUGCGGCCCCCCAGGAAUCUCAGCAGCAGACUGCAGGAAAGCUGGGUGCUGCUUCAAUGCGUCAGUGCCUGGCAUCCCCUGGUGCUUCACUCCUAAACCAAAGAAAGUUAAGAAAGUGUGCCCUGCUGAUCCUCGUAUCCGAGUGAACUGUGGCUACCCUGGCAUCACAGCUAAGGAGUGCUUAAGCAGGAGAUGCUGCUUCCGGGCACAUCCUGCUGGUGUCCCCUGGUGCUUCUACCACCGCACAGUCGAAGAAGGUUGUUAA